GAAAAUGGGCAAAGCGACAGGCUGGUGGUGCACACAGUGGCAUUGCUACUUGCAGCAUUGCUCACGACUAGUAAAAGUAGUAACUAGGGGAGCAUGCCUAACUAGUUGUGGUGAAAAUUAUGGGAUGGAUUGUCAUGGCAACAGACCAGACGUCACAAUUUGGGCAUGUGUUCCAUUUUUGUCUUUCUUAUUUUCAGACUGGAGGACUUAGAUAGUGAAGAGUAGAAAAGGAAACAGAUUUUUUUCCCAACAAAAAGAAGGAAGCCAUCUUUCUUGAAAAUAAAUGGUAUUUACACAAGUAUCAUACAAUUAUUUUCCGGGAGGCACGAAGAGGUGAACAGUGGCAUUUUCAGGGUUAACUUUCAGAGAGGUUUUUUUUUGUAUGCGAUAAAGAUGCCUGGGUCGUUAAGCAAUGAAGACGAGGGACAAGACGACAUGGAUUUUGAAGACGAGAUACCAGAUGAGGAUGAGGAGGGUGAACACAACACUGUCCCGCUCACAUCUCUGGACAGCUUCUUCUCUGACGACGACUCCCUCAAACAACAGAAGAAGAAGAAACCUAAAAAGAUGAAGGAGGGCAAGAUGCCCAAAGUCAAGAAGAGGAAAAAGGAGGGAGGAGGAGGUGGCGGAAUAGGAGUUGGUGGCAAUGACCCGGAGGAGCAGGCCUCAGAGCGGGAGGAUGACCAUCCACUGCAACGUCCAGAGAUUGGCUCAGAGAGCGAGAGCAGCACCUACGCCCCCGCCCCCACCACAAAGAAGAAAAAGAAGAAACCAAAGGAGAAGAAAGAGAAGAAACCCAAACGGAAGAAGAGAGAAGAGGAGGAGGAGGAUGAUGACGAUGAUGACGACGACGACGACAACGAUGAUGAUGAUGAAAAUAAUAAGGAGCCCAAGUCAUCCAGCCAGCUGAUGCAGGAGUGGGGUCUGGAAGAUGUGCAGUAUGGUUUCACAGAGGAGGACUAUACAACCCUCACCAACUACAAGGCUUUCAGCCAGUUCCUCAGGCCACUUAUUGCCAAGAAGAACCCUAAGAUCCCCAUGUCAAAGAUGAUGACAGUGUUAGGGUCCAAGUGGCGUGAGUUCAGCGCCAACAACCCCUUCAAAGGCACCUCCGCAACUGCUGUGGCUGCCGCGGUGGCUGCUGCUGUGGAAAUGGUCACUGUGGCCUCGCCCAUCUCUGUCAAAGAGGUGACCACCCUACCAAGCUCUCAGCUUGGGCCAAUCAGAAAAGCCAAAACCAAAGAUGGAAAGGGGCCUGGGGUAAGACGGAAGACAAAGACUGUAAAGGAGGUGAAGAAGAAAAGUAAAGGGAAGAAGACCAAAUCCAAGAAGAAAGCCUCCUCAAGUGAAGAGGACUUUGGGCUGGAGGAGUCGGACUUUGAUGAUGUCAGCAUCCACAGUGCCUCAGUGCGCUCUGAUACCUCGGGGAAUGCCAAGAAGAAAGCCCGGAAGGGUCGGAAAAAAAGGAAACGAGAGGAUGGGGACGGCUAUGAGACAGACCACCAGGACUACUGUGAGGUGUGCCAGCAGGGAGGGGAGAUCAUCCUGUGUGACACCUGUCCCAAAGCUUACCACCUGGUGUGUCUGGACCCCGAGCUGGAGAAGGCCCCCGAGGGCAAGUGGAGCUGCCCCCACUGUGAGAAGGAGGGCAUCCAGUGGGAGGCCAAAGAUGAUGAUGAUGAGGAUGAGGAGGAGGAGGUUGCGGUUGAGGAAGAGGAUGACCACCUGGAGUUCUGCAGAGUGUGUAAAGAUGGAGGGGAGUUGCUGUGCUGUGACACCUGCCCCUCCUCCUAUCAUAUCCACUGCCUCAACCCUCCCCUGCCUGAGAUACCCAAUGGGGAGUGGCUGUGCCCACGCUGCAUGUGCCCACCUCUGAAGGGGAAGGUACAGAGGAUUCUACACUGGACUUGGGGGGAUCCCCCUUUACCUACUGAGGUGCCCCCUGGCCCUGAUGGAGAGAUGGUGGACCUGCUGGUCAAGCCCCCCCUGAAGGGCCACCCGGAGAGGGAACUGUUUGUCAAGUGGGCUGGUCUCUCCUACUGGCACUGCUCCUGGGUCAGCGAACUACAGUUAGAGCUGUACCAUGCGGUGAUGUACCGUAACUACCAGCGGAAGAACGACAUGGACGAGCCCCCUCCGUACGACUACGGUUCUGGGGAGGAGGAGCUGAACAACGAGAAGAGGAAGAGUAAAGACCUGCAGUAUGCUGCCAUGGAGGAGAGAUUCUACCGCUACGGCAUCAAGCCAGAGUGGAUGGUCAUCCACAGGAUCAUCAACCACAGUUAUGAUAAGGAUGGAGAUGUGCACUACAUGAUCAAGUGGAGAGACCUGCCCUAUGACCAGUGCACCUGGGAGGUGGAUGACUUUGAUGUCCCUGAGUAUCACCACAGCAAACACUCCUACUGGGACCACAGGGAGCAGAUGAUUGGUGAUGACCAGCGCCCCUUAGUGGUGAGAAAGGGAAAGAAGGGUAAAGAGGAGGAGAAGAGGAGGGAGAGAGAAAUCCCCCCCAAUGCCCCAAUUAUAGAUCCUACCAUCAAGUUUGAACAUCAACCCUGGUACAUCAAUGCCACUGGUGGCACCCUGCAUCCGUACCAGCUGGAGGGUCUGAACUGGUUACGGUUCUCCUGGGCACAGGGCACAGACACUAUCCUGGCAGACGAGAUGGGCCUGGGCAAGACUGUCCAGACCAUCGUCUUCCUCUACUCGCUUUACAAGGAGGGUCACUCCAAAGGGCCAUACCUGGUCAGUGCCCCCCUGUCCACCAUCAUCAACUGGGAGAGGGAGUUUGAGAUGUGGGCCCCAGACUUCUACGUGGUCACUUACACUGGGGACAAAGAUAGCCGAGCGGUCAUCAGGGAGAACGAGUUCACUUUUGAGGACAGUACAGUCAAGACAGGUCGCAAGGUCUUCCGUAUGAAGAAAGACAGUGCCAUCAAGUUCCAUGUGUUGUUGACAUCAUAUGAGCUGAUUACCAUUGAUCAGACCAUUCUGGGCUCCAUUAACUGGGCCUGUCUAGUGGUGGACGAGGCCCACAGACUGAAGAACAACCAGUCAAAGUUUUUCAGAAUCCUCAACGGUUAUAAGAUCUACUAUAAGCUGCUACUGACUGGCACUCCUCUGCAGAACAACCUGGAGGAGCUGUUUCACCUGCUCAACUUCCUCACCCCAGAGAGAUUUAAUAACCUGGAGGGCUUUCUGGAAGAGUUUGCAGACAUCUCCAAGGAGGACCAGAUCAAGAAGCUGCAUGACCUGCUGGGCCCACACAUGCUCAGGAGACUGAAGGCUGAUGUCUUCAAGAACAUGCCUUCCAAGACAGAGCUCAUUGUACGAGUGGAGCUCAGCCCCAUGCAGAAGAAGUACUACAAGUUCAUCCUGACGCGUAACUUUGAGGCGCUCAACUCCAAGAGCGGGGGCAACCAGGUGUCCCUUCUCAACAUCAUGAUGGACCUGAAGAAGUGUUGCAACCACCCCUACCUGUUCCCAGUGGCAGCCAUGGAGGCGCCAGUGUUACCCAAUGGCUCUUAUGAUGGGAACCAGCUGGUCAAGUCCUCAGGCAAACUCACCCUGCUCCAGAAGAUGCUGAAGAAACUCAAAGAUGAAGGACACAGAGUUCUCAUCUUCUCGCAGAUGACUAAGAUGCUGGAUCUGCUGGAGGACUUUCUGGAAUAUGAGGGCUACAAAUAUGAACGCAUCGAUGGAGGCAUCACAGGGGGGCUACGGCAGGAGGCUAUCGACCGCUUCAAUGCACCGGGCGCACAGCAGUUCUGCUUCCUGCUCUCCACCCGAGCUGGAGGCCUGGGCAUCAACCUAGCCACGGCAGACACCGUCAUCAUCUACGACUCAGACUGGAACCCUCACAACGAUAUCCAGGCAUUCAGCAGGGCCCACCGUAUAGGUCAGAACAAGAAGGUGAUGAUCUAUCGCUUUGUGACACGGGCCAGCGUGGAGGAGCGUAUCACCCAGGUGGCCAAGAGGAAGAUGAUGUUGACCCACCUUGUGGUGAGGCCCGGCCUGGGCUCCAAAACCGGCUCCAUGUCCAAACAGGAGCUGGACGACAUCCUCAAGUUUGGCACUGAGGAGCUCUUCAAGGAUGAGAUGGAGGCGGCCGCUCGGGCCAUGGGUUCCCACCAGAAACUGUGGGACAUAAAGGAUGGAGAUGAGGGCAGUGUCAUUCACUAUGAUGACAAUGCCAUCUCCAAGCUGCUGGACCGUAGCCAGAAUGCCACGGAGGACACUGAGAUCCAGAACAUGAACGAAUACCUCAGCUCCUUCAAGGUGGCCCAGUAUGUGGUCAAAGACGAGGACGCGGAGGAGGAGCCCCAGCGGGAGAUCAUUAAGCAGGAGGAGAAUGUGGAUCCAGACUACUGGGAGAAGCUGCUGAGGCACCACUAUGAGCAGCAGCAGGAGGACCUGGCCCGUAACCUGGGCAAAGGCAAACGCAUCCGCAAGCAGGUCAACUACAACGACACGUCUCAGGAGGACCAAGAGUGGCAGGAUGAUCUUUCAGACAAUCAUUCCGAGUACUCCGUGGGGUCCGAGGACGAGGACGAAGAUUUCGAGGAGAGGCCGGAAGGUGGGCGCAGGCACUCUCGCAGACAGCUGAAGAGUGACAGGGACAAACCUCUGCCACCCCUGCUGGCACGUGUAGGGGGCAACAUCGAGGUGCUGGGGUUCAACACCCGUCAGCGGAAGGCCUUCCUCAAUGCUAUCAUGCGCUGGGGCAUGCCUCCUCAGGACGCCUUCAACUCUCACUGGCUGGUCAGAGACCUGAGAGGGAAGAGUGAGAAAGAGUUCAGGGCCUAUGUGUCCCUGUUCAUGAGACAUCUUUGUGAGCCGGGGGCAGACGGAGCGGAGACCUUUGCAGAUGGUGUCCCACGAGAGGGGCUGUCCCGCCAACAUGUCCUCACCAGGAUCGGAGUUAUGUCUCUGGUCAGGAAAAAGGUCCAGGAGUUUGAGCAUGUCAAUGGAAAGUACAGCACUCCAGACCUGAUCCCACUUGGACUAGAGUUGAAGAAACUGACUGAGAGUCUGUCGUCUGACCCCAACACCCCUGUCCCUGCCAGCCCUGCAGCCACACCCCAGCCUCCUGGUACUCCUGUCCCACCAGAGAAGAUGGACUCAACCUCAGGGCCUACUGAAGACAAGGAGCCCACAGAAUUAGAGUACAAGAAACUACAAGAACUGGAGACUAAUCUAAGUACAGAGUCAUCUUCCCAGGUAGGGAAGACAGACAAGGCUGCUGACAGGGAUGAGACAGUGAAGUGCAGCACAGAGGACAAGCCAGUCUCCUCAGAGGAGAGUAGUGAAAGGACAGACACACCCUCCACACUUCCAGAGCCAUUCACCAAUCCUAAAGAGCCUCCAUCCAAACAGACAGAGCUGUCGUCCAAUCAAAGCUCACCAAAAGUGGAUCCUUGUAGAGAGACAGAGAAGUCUUUAGAUAAAGGAGAAAGUGAUCCUGCCCCAGCCAAACCUGAGGAAAAGGAACUGAAGCCAGUUUUUUCAGACGAGCCCAAGAGUGAGGACAUGCCAGUGCCCGAGGGCAGGCUUAAUGGUGAGAAAGAAGCACAGGAGGAGACUGAGGACAUCAGGAGGGAGGUGGAGAGGAACGGCUUCAAAAUGAGGUUCAUGUUCAACAUCGCCGACGGAGGCUUCACAGAGCUACACACCCUGUGGCAGAACGAGGAGCGGGCCGCUGUGUCAUCUGGGAAGAUGUAUGACAUCUGGCACCGUCGCCACGACUACUGGUUGCUGGCUGGCAUCGUAACACAUGGCUAUGCCCGCUGGCAGGACAUUCAGAACGACCCACGUUAUGCCAUCCUCAAUGAGCCCUUCAAGACUGAGAUGCACAAGGGGAACUACCUGGAGAUGAAGAACAAGUUCCUGGCUCGCCGCUUUAAGCUGUUGGAGCAGGCUCUGGUGAUAGAGGAGCAGUUAAGAAGGGCAGCGUACCUGAAUAUGACCCAGGAUCCCAACCACCCGGCUAUGGCCCUGAAUACCCGCUUUGCUGAGGUGGAGUGUCUGGCUGAGUCCCACCAGCACCUGUCCAAGGAGUCUCUGGCCGGGAACAAGCCAGCCAACGCUGUGCUGCACAAAGUACUGAACCAGCUGGAGGAGCUGCUGAGUGAUAUGAAGGCAGAUGUGACGCGGCUUCCCAACAUGUUGUCCCGGAUUCCCCCGGUGUCUGCCCGUCUGCAGAUGUCUGAGAGGAGCAUCCUCAGCCGCCUCACCAGCCGCGGCAAUGAACCUCCGCCCCAACAGCCGUUCGGCCAGAGCUCAUUUGCCUGUUCCCAGAUGUACAGUACUGGUUUUGGGGGCAGCUUCCGGGGGCCUGUGGGAGGAGCCAUGGUCAACUACAGCCAGAUGCCCCUGGGACCCUACGUCAGUGUGUCCAACGGCCCCCACCCCCGUCCAGCCACCUGGACAAGAAGUCCUGCGACCCGCUGAGGGACGUCACCACCCCUGACCUCAAGUCAGGCAAGCCCAGUGAUGUCAUCUGUAUUGAAGAUUAGAUCAGCUAUCCCAAAAUUGAUCUGGAGUCAGCCAAGCCCAGGGAUGUCAACUAUUAUAUAAAUGAUUACAGAAUCUUCGCACCCCCCCCCCUUCCUCAUCCUCCCCUCUCCUGUAAGAAGCUCUCUGUCUAUGGAUCAGAGAAUAAUACACAGAUGUAUUUAUCUAUCGUAUGAAUUGCACUUCUAUCUUUCGAGGAUUCUUCAACAUACUUCAUGCAGUAGCUAUUUGCUUUUAUGACUUAGGUUGGUGAGUCAAGCAGAGGAACUGUCUAUUAGGAUGUGAGAGUCAAACGACCUCAGACGCCCAGCUUCUGCUAACUGACACGUGGAAGGGAAGUGAUCUUAUAGAAUGACUGGAACCGCCCUGUCUGAAGGGGAAAGUAUUGGCUACAGGAAGAGCUGCAAAAAGUGAAAGUACACAUGGUCGAUGAGCCGGUGGAGGUGCCAAUGCUCCGGAGCUGCUGUAAUGAGAAUCAUCUGUGUCUAUUCAUUGACUUUAGGCCUGGCUCUGCUCCUUCAUUCUGGGUCUUUUCCUUCUGCGUUCAUCUUUUGCCUAUUCUUUGUGCAUCGGGACCGACCUCUGCUGGAGCAGUGUGCUUUAGCUACGUACACAUAGAAGGAAAAUAGAACUAUGAAGGCAUAAAGCUCCCAUCCUAGAACUAUAGAGAUCAUAAGUGGGUUCUGAUACUGCAGCCAAUUCUCUCAUUAUGUUUACUUCGUGUUAGUUUUUAUAGUUUUAUGGCAGAGCCUUGAGUUGGAACUUGUAAGAAUAAGCGUGACUUUAAGGAAGUACAGCUACACUAUGCCUCAACCCCUAAAGACUGCCAUCUCCCGCCUCUGGAGAAAGGGAUCCUAGUUACAGAGCUGCAUUAGCUAUUAAUAUACUAAGGGGUUCUCCCAUGUAAUGUACAUAGUUCAAGAGACUGCUGUUUAUCUUGCCUUGCAUUGUCAUUGUGAAUUUGACGCAUACAUGCAUAAAACUGUAACAGGCUGGAUUAGUGCAAAAAGUGAAGAUCACAUAGAAGUUACUAGCCUAUUUCUGCAAAUGUACAUGUAUUUCUUUAAUAUUUGAAUGUGAUUAUUGGCCAACCUCCGGGGCCAUGACUAGUGUGUGUUAUAAACAGAAUUUUCUCCUGUCUGUCAUAUGGUUGGGAUGUCAAGCUAACUGUACUGGACAUGGUGCUGGAUGGGAGUAAUUCUGUUGCCUUUAACACAUACAAGUUAUUGUGUUGUUGUUCCCCAAAGCGCCUCCUUCCCUCCCUCUUCCAUUGUGAGAAAUUAAAAACUAAAAAGUGCUUAUGACACUACGUCACCUUUUGGCCUAGGUUUCAUGUUUUCCAUGAAAUGUGCAUUAUUGUGUGUGCUUCUUUUUAAGGUAAAGUGUUAUUUCAGAAUGUACUGCGUUAGUGCCACUUAAAGAGGUCUGCUCACUCCAUGGCCCUGAUGGCUAAUGUCCCAGAUUGUAUGCUUGAUAAUCUUAUAAAUGGGUGGAAUUAUUUCCAUUGAGAACUGAGGGCAGUGGUUGAAUAAGAUAGCUAAUUCAAUCAUCAAUAGAUUAUAAUCUUCAUAGAGUUUUUGAUAGCCAAGGUUGGAUAGCCAUACAGUAAAAGUAUCAAAAGCUGUUUUUGUUUUCUUGUUUUUUGAUGUUUUGUUUUAUAUGGGUUCCUUGGAAGGGAACUGUUUAUUGCAUUACAUGUUGUGAGGACUAAACCGUAUCUGAGCGACAGCAUGGAUUCACUUGACAAUACUUUUAAUUCCAUCUGUCUGCUAAUGUGAUUGUCCAAAGUGAAACUACCUUUUUAUAUGUUCAAUGAGACUUAAUUUGUUGAGAUUUUUCAUGAAUGUGUGUAUUACAUUUACUAAUUGAAAACCUUAAAGGCCCCAGUGCAGUCAAAAACGUGAAUAACCUGUGUUUUAUAUAUAUUUCCACACUAUGAGGUUGGAAUAAUACUGUGAAAAUUAUGAUAAUGUCCUUUUAGUGUAAGAGCUUUUUGAAAAGACUGCCUGAAAUUUCAACCUAUUUUCAUGGGACGGAGUUUUGGCCUGCCUGGUGACAUCACCAGGCGGUAAAUUAGUUAACAGACCAAUUAGAAAGAGAGCUCCAAACCUCUCAAUAACAGCUAGUUUUCAGUUUACCCUCCCCACUCAAGAUCACUCCCAGACAGUCCUGGCAAAAUUCUUGCUUGAAAUAUUGCUCUUUGCUAAAAAAAAUAAUAAGCUUUUUGUUUAAUUUUUAUCAUUUUAAUCGAAAACAAUCACAGUACGGCACUUAAUUGUUACCCAGAAAGGAUUUUAUAUUGAGAUAAGAACGUCUGCAUUGGACCUUUAAAUGCGAUGUUUGCUCUUAUUUUUCUCUCAAAGACUAGAGGCAUUACACUACCGUUCAAAAGUUUGGGGUCACAUAGAAAUGUCCUUGUUUUUGAAAGAAAAAAAUAGCAUCAAAUUGAUCAGAAAUAC